AACUUUUAAGGUGGUUAAACCAACAUGAUAAUACUAAUAUGGAUGGGAGUGGUACGUUACAUGAGUUAAACUUGGUUGGUAAAUAAUAUCUGUUCAUCAUCCUUUGACCCUCUGAUUUUUAACCUUAUUUAGUCUCCGAAGUAAUAUUUUUAAGUCCUUUUGGGUAGGCGUUUAGUCAAUGUUUCAAAGAUUUUCGAAAAUGGGUUCUUUUAGUUAUGGAGAGGAGAAUUAAUGCUUGGGGUUUGCAAGAGCAUUUCAUUCUGUAUUCUACUGCUAUCUUCUUGUUGGGCUCUUUAAUUUCUUGUGUUUUGUUUUGAUUUUUCUUAUUCCAAAGCUUCCUCAGUUUCAACGAAGAAAGUUGGGCUCUUUAAUGUUAUGAGUUUUGUUUUGAUUUUGGUUUGACUUUUGGUAGCAGAAUCUGAUUCAUCAAUCCUUCUUUGGAUGAAGAACAAACAAUUCAUAAUGUUUCUUCUUCUUCAGGAGAUUGAUAAAUAACUGGUGUAACUGUAAGUAACUCGAUCAUUCUGUCAGUUCUGACGAUUGAGUUCCAGUCCUUGAAACCCGUGAACACUUUUGACUAAAGGUAAAGAGAGCAACCCAGAUAUCCGGAAGUCUGAAUUUUGGGUUAUCUUGAGCCAUUAAUGGCUUCAUAAAUACUAAUUUCAACACAACGAAUUUUGGUGUUUAUUUUCACAUUUCUGAGCGGCCGACGAGGAAUCACAAUGAGGGGCGGUAGUGAAAUAGUCAUGGAGGAGGAGAAUUUAAGUGAAGCUCAAAUCUUGGUGGAUUCAUCUGCUGUUGUUGUUGGGAUUGCAAUCAGUGGAACUAAAAAGAGCAAAUAUGUGAUUCGUUGGGCGCUGGAGAAAUUCGUUCCAGAAGGAGAUGUUUUCUUCAGGUUGAUUCAUGUUAGGCCUAAGAUAUCUGUUGUUCCAACACCCAUGGGGAAUUAUAUUCCGAUUGCUCGGGUGAGACCAGAAGUGGCAGCAGCUUUUAAGAAGGAAACGGAAUGGGAAACAACCAAAAUGCUUACCCCUUACCAAAAGUUAUGUGCUGUACAUAAGGUGGAAACUGAAGUUGUUCAGAUCGAAUCAGAUGAUGUGGUCAAUGCCCUAACAGGGGAGAUUUCUAAGCACAACAUUAGUAAGCUUGUGAUAGGUUCUUCAUCUCGUGGGCUGUUUUCCAGAGGGGGAAAUAUAUCCUCAAAAAUUGCAGAAUCUGCCCCAAGCUUUUGCACAGUUUAUGUUGUUUCAAAAGGAAAGCUGUCAUCUGUGCGGCCAUCUGAUUCAGAAUCGAACCUAAGUGCUAAAGAUAAUCAUAGUGAUAGUCGUCGUACUACCAGUAACUUGUCAAGUGGAAAUUCUAGCUCUCCUUCAGAAUGGACGGAUCAAAAUACAGAUCAGAGUUCAACGGCUUCUUACUCUCAUCGUUCUUCCACCACCACCACCUCUCUGGCUUCACUGCCCCUCCAACGGUUUCAAGCUAUUUCUACUUUGAACCAAGCCUUAAGUCAUAGAAGAUUUGAUAGCAAUGACCUCAUCCGUCAAAGAAUUCUCUCUGUCGAUGAUGGUGCAGAAUCUUUUCUCAGUACUUCGGAUGUUAAUGACGUAUACACUGCAGCUUCUAGUCUCAGAAGUUUAUCACUGGAUGAAGUAUCAAUUGCUGAUCAAGCUUCAAUGUCGGAUUUCACAGAUCUUUCAUCUGCGAGUCAGAUCAAUAUGGACUUUGAGCUAGAUAAGUUAAGAAUUGAACUCAAACAUCUUCGGCAGAUGUAUGCAAUGGCUCAAAGUGAGGCAAUCGAUGCUUCCAGGAAGCUGAAUGACCUUAACAAGCGCCGAAUGGAAGACAGUAUAAAGCUCAAGGAAACCAUUCUUCAGGAGGAGGAAGCCAAGAAGUUGGCAGAGUGGGAAAAGCUACAAUUUGAGGAUGCCAAAAGAGAAGCUGAUUAUUUGAAGCAAUGUGCUGAAAGAGAAGCUGCACAAAAGAGAGAAGCGGAGGCCAAGGCUUUGCAUGAAGCUAAAGAAAAAGUAAAACUUGAGAAUGCCUUGGUUGGGAAUGCGUAUCAGUACCAGAAAUUUGCUUGGGAAGAAAUCAAAUCUGCUACUUCAUCUUUCUCUGAAAAUCUGAAAAUAGGAACAGGAGCAUAUGGAACUGUCUACAAGUGCAGCUUGCAUCAUACUGCUGCCGCUGUAAAGAUUCUGCACGCUGAGGACGCUUACAGAACAAAGCAGUUUCAACAGGAGCUUGAAAUUUUGAGCAGAAUUCGUCAUCCCCACUUGCUGAUUCUUCUAGGCGCAUGCCCUGAUCGUGGAUGCCUAGUAUACGAGUUCAUGGACAAUGGUAACCUGGAGGAACGAUUAUUGAGGAAAAAUAAUUCACCUGCACUUCCUUGGUUUGAGAGGUUUCGGAUUGCUUGGGAAAUAGCCUCAGCUCUUGCUUUCCUUCAUAACUCGAAGCCCAAAUCAAUCAUCCAUCGUGAUUUAAAACCCUCAAACAUAUUGCUGGACCAUAAUUUGGUAAGCAAAAUUGGUGAUGUUGGCCUUGCCACAAUAGUGCAGACAGACAUCACUUCUGGAUCUAGCUCAUAUCUGGUUACAGCUCCUGCUGGGACGUUUUGCUACAUAGACCCUGAGUACCAAAGGACUGGACUUGUCUCGCCAAAAUCAGAUGUUUAUGCCUUUGGGAUGGUAAUUUUGCAGUUGCUCACUGCAAAACCACCAAUAGGAUUAAGUCAUUUGAUGGAAAACGCUAUUGAGAAUGACUCUUUAAUGGCUGCCUUAGACCAAGAUGCUGGUGAAUGGCCAAUUAAACCAACAAAGGAACUGGCAGUUUUAGCUCUGGCCUGCACAGAGCUUAGGGGCAAAGAUAGACCAGAUUUGAACGAACAAAUUCUACCAGUUUUAAAGAAACUGAAAGAAUUUGCUGGUAGAGCUCAAGAUUCGGCACCAACUACUGCUCGGGUGCCUCCUACCAUAUUCAUCUGCCCCAUUCUGAAGGUAUGGAUGUUUUGAGAAAUCCUGAAUUCUAUGGACAAUCAUGCUCUAACUGAAACACAGUUUGCUGGAAUGAAUUUUAGUUCCCUUUACAUCAUGCCAACAUUGACUCGGAACUAAAAUUAAAAAUUCGUACAAACUAACUGCUGUCUGAGUAAUUUCUAAGUACAAAUUUUGUUGCUUCGAAGGUAUUUGGUAUAGAGAGUUCUCGUCUUUUUCUACUCAAUUAACACUUUUUCCAAAUUUCUCUCAUUACAGGAUGUGAUGGAGGAUCCUUGUGUUGCUGCUGAUGGCUAUACUUAUGACAGGAAGGCCAUAGAAGUAUGGCUCGAAGAUAAUGAUAAAUCCCCCAUGACGAACUUACCUCUUCCGCAUAAGUACCUUCUCCCAAACUACACUCUUCUUUCUGCAAUUAUGGAAUGGAAGUCAGGAGAGCAUUGAUCUGUUAUAGCUUUCAAUGUGUGAGGGUGUGUAACAUUCUUAGGAACCUUUCUGGCUGUAAAUUGCUUUGUGCGUGCAAUUUUAGGAAGGAAAAAAGGAUUAGAGUAGGACUACUGAAUCAUUAUGCUGAUGUACUCUGAUGUAUGGAUCCCAAAGUCAUUGAUUAAAGCCAGGCAAGAUGUUAAAUCCAUUCUGCAAGUUUCUCCCCAUAGAGCUAAUGAGAUUCGACAUGUGACACUUGUGUCAACCCGGACAAGUCUGCAAGGAUACCUAGGUUCUCUUCAGUUUCCAAUUUCUUCAAGCUUGCUGACUAUCUGCUUCAUAUCAGGUCUAAGUGAUGGUGAAGGAGAACAACAAGCCAUGGCUAGUUGAAACAUUCUGAAUAUCCGAUCUUCUGUUAAUGCCCUCUCAUCACUGCUUUGGCCUCGAAUUAUCUCUGGAUGAUACAAUUCCCUGAUUUGAUCAUCAAGUAUUGCAGUCCUAAUCGCAUUAGGCAAGUGAAAAUCCUGAUCUGGGGUAGGAUUCUCAUCAAUGGGAUCCUUCCCUGUUAACAGUUCAAGUAAGAUGACUCCAAAGCCAUAAAUAUCACUCUCUUCGUUGACAUCUUUCAUCUUUAUCAACUCAGGCGCUUUGUAUCCCUCAGCGGCCGAAGCUUCAAGCAUUUGUUGCGCUGCAGCUGUGUUUAAAAGAAGAUGCAGUCCAACGUCUGAAAGAAAAGGUUGAUAAUGCCGAUCAAGCAUCACAUUCUUCGACUUUAUAUUUCCAUGUAUUACAGGCAUCUCCAAAUCAUUGUGAAGAUAGCUUAAACCACUAGCAAUACCAAUGGAUACUUUAUGUAUGAUUGGCCAUCUGUGAGCCUCACCAUUUCCAUCUGUGAAUAAGUAAUACACAGAAAUCUUUUACUUGGCACUUGAAACAAUACAGAAUUUGACAGAAGCGUAAAUCGGUAAAACGACCUAUGGAUUCGAGAUUAAUUCCAUCAAUCAAAAUAGAAAAUACCAAUUUCUUAAUACCUGAAAUCUUAUGGAUAUUAAAAAGUUUAUCUCAGCAUGUGGAGGGGCAUCUUGACUAUAACAAAUGACAAAAAUGCAUCUAUAUCCAGCUAACGAACAACUCAACAAUGACAAUGAGUUCUCCAUUGUUUAGCCAACUACCAAGAUUAUAAUACACAGACGAAAAUGAAAUUUCCAGUGAUACUUUGUCUGGUUGGGAAAUUAUGAAUAAUUUAUGAGCCAUAAAGAUUCCAUUAAGGAAAAAAUUAAAAAAAAAAAACAAGUUAUUUUCAGAUCCCUAAAUAAGACAAGAAACCAAAAAGCAAGGGCCAGAUGCGAAUAGUCUAAACCGAAGACUUUAUGCCACACCAAAGAAGGAUCCAGACGCAAAAGCAAAAGGAAAAGGAAAAAGAAGAGAAGAUUUCCUGCUCGAAUUUUAGUCCAAAAAGAAAGUGAAAGAGGAAAACAAGGUUGCAUUGAAGAUCAAUCUCAGAUUACAUCUCAAGAUUUGCCCCAGAAAAAAAAAAGGGGGUUACAUCUUACAUCUGUAGACAUUAACUAUGAAGAAGAUGAGAAGCAUUAACUUCCAUUUACAGCACAAUGUAGCCCAGAAAAAAAUGUAGCACCUUUUCCAUUGUUCCUCAGAAUUGAAAAUAUUGGACUUGAAGAUAAUGCACAGAGUUUUUGAUUGAAUCAUUACAGACAUGAGAAUGGAAAAAUCAAAGAACCAACGAAAAUUAGAAGGAAAAGAGCUACCAAAAAAUCAAGUAUUGUGAGAGUUUUACCUCGAAUGAGUUCAGCCAAGGUGCCCCAUGGAUAAAAUGGAUAAACAAGCAGUUUUUCACCUCUUGAGCCUGCAUAAAAUGCUAG